AGUUGAGCGCAUAUUUUCGAACGAAUCGGUUGAGUUGCGGAUUUGAAACAGUUGUAUCCGACUUAAAAUUAGAACUGGUUGAAAUAGUGCUUACAUAUAUACGCAGUAUUUCGAACGAAUAUUACGUUAAAAGACAACAAAAUUAUUGCAAACCUGAGACCGUUUUGUUUCAUAAAAAUCAUAAAAAAACACAAUGCUCAUCGAAUUGUUGCUGGUAAUGUUCGCUCUGCUCGUACUCGGCGAUUAUUUAUUGAAGAAACGUCGCAAUGAUAUGAUACAUUAUAUGCCAGGACCCAAGCCGUUGCCAGUGUUGGGUAAUGUGCUCAUGUAUCGUGGUAUAAGCCAAGCAGACAUUAUAGAUUUCAUUUUGCAAAAUCGCCAGAAAUAUGGAACAUGCUAUCGCGUAUGGUUGCUGAAUCAAUUGGCGGUAUUAUUCUCAGAUCCUGCCGACGUUGAGGUAUUACUCAGCAGUUCGAAAUAUAUUAAAAAGAAUAACUUCUAUGAUCUACUACAUCCAUGGCUCGGCACCGGUUUGCUCGUAAGCAACGGCCGUAAAUGGCAUGCGCGUCGUAAGAUCAUAACACCAACAUUUCACUUUAAAAUACUCGAGCAAUUUGUGGAAAUAUUCGAUCAACAGAGUACAGUGCUGGUGAAAAAAAUGGCACAAUAUGCUGAUGGAAAAACGGUACUGAAUAUAGCACCGCUAUUAUGUUUGAUGACAUUGGAUAUAAUUGCAGAGACGGCAAUGGGUACUAAGGUAAAUGCGCAAACGAAUCCUGAAUUUCCCUACGUAUCGGCUGUUAUAAGCGUUACGUACAUGUUCGCCAGGCGCUUCACAAACGCUUGGCAGCGUAUUGAUUGGCUUUUCCGAUUGCUCUCACGCAAAGAAGCCAAAUUAUUCUACGCCAACAUUAAGCUGAUGCACGAUUUCACAGAUCGCAUCAUUGUCGAACGUCGCGCGGUGCUGGAGCAAGAGCUCGGCAUUAACGAAACCGCGCCAAACGCCACCGACACCGAAGUGGGCUUGAAACGACGUAUGGCGCUGCUGGAUGUGUUGCUGCAGUCUAGCAUUGACGGCAAACCGCUGAGUAAUGAAGAUAUACGCGAAGAGGUGGACACAUUCAUGUUCGAGGGGCACGACACCACCUCUAGUGCGCUCACAUUCUGUCUGCAUUUGAUCUCUAGGCAUCCGCUGGUACAGGCCAAAUUAUUUGAGGAAAUACGUAAAGUGCUUGGCGCGGACAAAGAUCGCCCAGUGACACAACGCGACCUCGGUGAACUGAAGUACAUGGAGUGUGUAAUCAAGGAGUCCCUGCGCUUAUAUCCAACGGUGCCGCUAAUUGGACGCAACUUCGAGGAGGACGUGGUUAUACGUGGCAAACCGAUACCCGCCGGCACUAAUGUCACCAUCGGCAUUUAUAUUAUGCAGCGUGAUCCGAAAUAUUUUCCCGAACCCGAUACAUUUCGACCGGAACGUUUCCUUAACGAAUCCCUUGAAGAUGGCGAAUCGAGAAAUACGUACGUUUAUGUGCCCUUCAGUGCUGGUCCACGCAAUUGUAUUGGUCAGAAAUUUGCCAUGUUAGAGAUGAAGAGCACUUUAAGUAAAAUAUUACGGCACUUUGAGUUGCUGCCGCUGGGCGAAGAAUUGCGGCCAACAUUGACUAUAGUAUUACGCUCGGAGAAUGGCAGUCAAGUGGGCUUAAAGCCGCGUAAUUAUGCUUCAACGAGCAACCAAGUAGUGGAUUAAGUUUAGGCGGGUGUAAAAAUUGGGGGAAUUUAAGGUGCUUUCGGAUUUUAUAUGGUAAUAGAACACAAAUAUAAGAUCUAGUAAAAUA